AUGGAAGAGAAGCGAAAGAAGCUUGAGCAAACGGCCAAACGACGAUUUUUCUAUAUUCAGAGUUUUGAGGCCUAUGGUGGUGUAUCGGGCUUUUUUGAUUAUGGCCCGCAUAUGUGUGCUCUACAAAACAACUUUCUCUCUAUUUGGCGCCGAUUCUUUGUCCUAGAAGAGAGUAUGCAAGAAGUAGACACGGCUAUCAUUACACCUUUUGAAGUACUUAAGUCUAGUGGACACGUUGAUAAGUUUACUGAUCUAAUGUGUAGUGAUGCCAAAACCGGUGAUAUCUAUCGGGCCGAUCAUUUAGUGAAGGACUGGCUAGAAAGAGAAGCAGUUACUAAACCAGAGGAGAUCAAAAAGGAAAUGUACCAAACAGCGGCUAAAAUUGAUUCAUUUGGUCUUGAGGAGUUGCAAGAAAUCAUUGAGCAUUAUCAGAUCAAGAGUGAAACUGGAAAUGACCUAACUAAGGUUGUUCAUUUUAACUUGAUGUUUAAUACGGUGGUUGGGCCUGGUGGCAAGACCCAGUCCUUUUUACGGCCGGAGACUGCGCAAGGCCAGUUUUUGAACUUCAAGCGGUUGUUAGAGGCUAAUGGAGAUAAGAUGCCAUUUGCAAGUGCAAUGGUGGGAAAAGCCUUCCGAAAUGAAAUCAGUCCUCGCACUGGACUCUUCCGUGUACGUGAGUUUUUGAUGGCGGAGAUAGAACACUUUGUGCAUCCUCAAGAGAAGAAACACUCGAAGUUUGCAGCAGAGAAGGAAACCUGUAUUCCCCUUCUCUACCAGCGGCCAGGAGAUUCGGAACAGACACUUCACUCUAUGAAGAUUGGAGAUGCUGUGGCUCAAGGCGUAGUUAACAACGAAACUUUAGGAUACUUUAUUGCCCGAGUUUUCCAGUUCUUAACUAAGAUAGGUAUUCCUAGUAAAGAGAUUAGGAUGCGGCAGCACUUGCCCACGGAAAUGGCUCACUAUGCAACGGAUUGCUGGGAUGCGGAGAUUAACAGUAGCUUUGGCUGGAUUGAGUGUGUGGGAAUUGCCGAUCGGGCCUGCUACGACUUAAGUGUUCACAGUAAGAAGACAGGCGAUAAACUAGUGGCUCGAAGAGCUCUGCCAGCUCCUAUUACCGUUGAGAAGCUUGUGCCAAUAGUUGACAAGAAGAAACUAGGUGCCAAGUUCCGUGGCAAGGCCCCAGCAUUGAUUGAACAGUUGACCAGUAUGUCCCAAGACGAGCUAGCUAAACGGGCAGUUAAUGGUACAAUGGAAAUAACCUACGAAAACGAGCAACUGCAUAUCUCGGUGGAGAAGCAGACUGAAAUUCAGCACGUGGAGGAGUACACGCCCAAUGUAAUCGAGCCUUCCUUUGGUAUUGGCCGGAUUCUUUAUGCUUUGUUGUGGCAUAGCUUUGAUCUUCGGGACCAGGACGAGCAACGGGCCUACUUUAGGUUUACCCCGCAGAUGGCUCCAACUAAGUGCAUGAUUUUGCCUUUACAGGAGGAUGCACGAUUUACUAUGAUUACGAGCCAGCUGAAGGCUAACAUAAUCGAGCAGGGAGUUAGCUGCCAAUCUGAUGAGAGUCGAAACUCAAUCGGACGGCGGUAUGCCCGCGCAGAUGAGAUUGGAGUGCCUUUCUGCGUUACCAUUGAUUUUGAUACGUUAAACGAUCAAAGUGUGACUAUUCGCGAGCGGGAUAGCUGUGCUCAAAUAAGAGUGCUGAUUGAGAGGGUUCCUCGACUGCUGGCUGAUUUAGCCGCGGAACGAGUCCUCUUUACGCAAUUAGCUAAUCAAUAA